AUGGCGCCCACCAAACCAACCGGCUCCUCCGCCAACCCAAUCGACCUCACCGCCCGCCCAUCCACAACCACACCCACACCCACCGUGACACCCACAUCCACAACCCCAGUCGUCACCACCACCACCACCGGCGGCGGUGUCAUCUCAGGCCGCAUCACCAAAUCCAAAUCCACCAAAUCCACCCCGACCAAACCGAAAUCCACCCCCUCCAAGACCAAGAAAACCCCCUCCAAAGCUGCCACCGACACCCCCAACACCCCCAAAAGAGGUAAAGCCUCCGGCCCGUCCUGCCUGCCCUGCCGGCGCGCCAAGGCCAGAUGUGAUCGGGUGGUGGCGUGUGAGCGGUGCGUCAAGGCGGGGAAGGAGUGUGCCGGUAGUGGUGGUGGUGAGGGUGAGGGUGUGGAUGGGGGUGCUGCGGGUGGCAAGCCGGGCAAGGCGUGUGAGCGGUGCCGGAAGAUGAAGGCGGCGUGUGUGAGGCGGGAGAUCGACACCUGCGAUGACCUGCCCGGAUAA